GCAACCUCUGCCUAUAAAUUUAUGUGAUGCACUCAUACAAAUUCACUCAAUUCCUUCUACUCUUUACAACUAAAAGAAAAUGGAGUCAAAGUUUGCUCACAUCAUUGUUUUCUUUCUUCUUGCAACUUCCUUUGAAACUCUCUUGGCACAAAAAGAAAGUGAUGGACCAGAAGUCAUAGAACUUCUAAAGGAGUUUGAAUGCAAUGGAAAACAAAGGUGGCCAGAACUUAUUGGUGUACCAACAAAGCUUGCUAAGGGGAUAAUUGAGAAGGAGAAUUCACUCAUAACUAAUGUUCAGAUACUACUGAAUGGUUCUCCAGUCACAUUGGACUUUCGUUGUAAUCGAGUUCGUCUUUUUGAUAACAUCUUGGGUGAUGUUGUAGAAAUCCCUGUGGUUCGUUAAUUAAUGGAUUACUGAAGCAAUUAAGUAGCCACAUGUAAAAAAUAAUUAGGGUUCAUGUAUGUUGAUUAUAAUGUCUCCAUGUACUCUUACUAUAUAUAAUGAAAUAAAUAAGUGUGGCUUAAUUAAAU